CAAGAGGUCAAUCACUGAGUAGAACAUGGAGGAAGCUCAGGCGUGACGAACAGUGAAUCCACUAUAACCAAUAAGAUUUCACAUUUUGUUCUGUGUAUCAAAUUAAUUAGUCUUUGUUCUAUAUCAUAAUGUAGUAACUGAUAUUUGUCAACACACAUCUCAAAACCAAAAAAAUUUGCUGACAAUGCAAUUUAUGGCCUAAUCAACGUCAAUGACCAAUCACAAAAUGAUCAUUUAUGUCCAAUGUAAACAAAUCGAAAGUAGAAAUUAAUUUGCAAGUUGCAACACAUGUUGUACGUUGAAGAUAGAUCUACUCCAAGCUUUAAUAACAUUGGUAUGCGUGAGCAAUUAGUAGGGACCUUCGUGUGGAAAAAUGAAUCAAAUGAAUCAAAUGAAGCAGAAAUUUUUGUGCAACGUUAUAUAAAAAAUUUCAUACCAUUAUCGAGUAAGCUAUGCAAUGAGUAUUGAGUAGGCCUAUGAUGAUGCAUUUAAAGACACUGUUGUUCAGUUUUCUUUGGAUUGCUGUAAGAAGUAAACCAGAUGCUAUUGUAUGGGGUCCAGGAUUAAACAGUAGGAUAGUUUUACCAGUGCGAUAUUUCUUUAUCCAGUUUCUGGAUGAAACAGGUGAAAACAUAACGGAAUCAUUAGGAGAGAAGGCAGUUAGUUUAACUAUUGAUCAGGAAGAUGGAAGUAGAGCUAGAAUAUGGAGUCAGAUAUUAGAUAGAGGUGACGGGUCUUAUAUAGCCAGAUAUAGAUUAUAUCAAGCGUACGAUAAUUUAGUCAUAAGUUUGUUAUAUAAUAAGCAGCAUAUUGCUGAUUCACCAUAUAAGUUAAAAGGUAGACCAUUAUAUCAAGAAAAAUGUUAUUGUCCAAUCAAAUCAAAAGAGAAAUGGUCCAAAGCACUUCAGUGUGAUAAGAAAUAUCAACAAAUAGAUGAUGACUUGGCUCUUUUUAAAGAUAUUGAUAUGAAAGAAGUGACUAAAACAGUCUUACCAAAGUUUGAUAAUCCUGGUGCUCAUAGUUUAUGUCAUUAUAAAAUAAUUGAUAAUAAGAUUUACAGAAAAACACAUGGAGAACAUGUUGGUUUUAAAAUGUUCACUGAUGCUAUGUUCCUAUCUCUAGCCAGAAAAGUAAAAUUACCUGAUGUAGAGUUUUUUGUUAAUCUUGGAGACUGGCCAUUGGUUGAUAAAAGGAGGUAUAAAAAUGAUUUAUUUCCGAUAUUUUCAUGGUGUGGUUCUGAUGAAACAGCAGAUAUUAUUAUGCCUACUUAUGAUAUAACAGAAUCUACUAUAGAAAUGAUGGGCAGAGUAUCGUUGGAUAUAUUCUCAACACAAGCUAACACUGGUCCUAACUGGGAAGAGAAGAUAGAGAAAGGUUUUUGGCGAGGUAGAGAUAGUAGACAAGAGAGAUUAGAUUUGGUAAUGAUGAGUAGAAAACACCCAGAUUUAAUCAAUGCUUCUCUGACUAAUAUGUUCUUCUUUCCCAAAGAUGAAGCUAAAUAUGGAAAAAUUGAAAAAGCUAUAUCUUUCUUUGACUUUUUCCAGUACAAGUAUCAGAUAAACAUAGAUGGUACAGUGGCAGCUUACAGAUUACCUUAUUUACUAGCAGGAAAUUCUGUAGUAUUGAAACAAGAUUCCAAUUACUAUGAAUAUUUUUAUCAUCAGUUAAAACCAUAUGAACAUUAUAUACCUUUUAAAAGAGACCUUAGUGAUCUGAUAGAAAAAUUAAAUUGGGCUAAAUCACAUGAUUCAGAGAAAUACUCAAAACUUUUAAAAUCAAAACCCGAGAUAGAAGCUGGAUUUGAACUUGUUUCCCAACCAACUGAUCAAGAUUCUCAAUGUCAUUGUAAACGAAAAGAAAAGGUAAUUAUAUUAUAUUCUUGUUAA